AUGCUCAAGCAAUGGGUAACAAUUCUGGUCCUCAUCCGCUCGGCUGAGGCCAGCUGCGCGACUUGCCCCAAUGCGGUCGCGGCUGGUACCUGUCUCCUGGCCUCACCUACCGAAUGUGGAACCGACAUGUUCUAUGUGGACCCCAUCUUCACCUAUGGAACAGAUGGAAGUGGAUGCCGGACGGUUGGAAUCACAUGUCGAGGAUUCGACUGGGUUAUCGAUGCCACAAGUGUUGAAGGAGAAGGAGGCGUCUUUGUAAACGACAUGGCCAAUGAUGACGGCACUUUGAUCGAAUUCACCGAUACCAUGACUGCUGAGGCCUGUCCCCACUACCACCACUUCUACGACAACGACGACUACCACCACGACGACGACGACAACAACAACGACGACGACAACGAGCACCACCACAACGACUACAACAACGACAACGACGACGACCACCACCACCACGACCACGACGACCACAACAACAACAACGACGACAACGACCUCUACGACGACGACAACUACUACUACUACCACGACAACAACAACGACAACCACGACGACGACGACGACCACUACUACCACGACGACUACAACAACAACAACGACGACGACGACAACUACUACUACCACGACAACAACAACGACAACCACCACGACCACGACGACUACAACAACAACAACGACGACGACGACCACUACGACGACGACAACUACUACCACCACGACAACAACUACGACCACGACAACAACAACGACAACCACGACGACGACAACGACAACUACUACUACAACGACAACAACAACAACAACAACCACGACGACGACGACUACCACCACGACAACCACGACAACAACAACCACUACUACCACCACCACGACGACGACGACGACGACUACAACAACGACGACGACGACGACAACGACGACUACCACCACGACAACUACGACAACAACCACUACUACCACGACGACGACGACGACGACGACGACGACUACAACAACAACGACGACGACGACAACGACGACUACCACCACGACAACUACGACAACUACUACUACCACGACCACCACUACAACGACGACGACAACAACAACGACAACCUCUACGACGACGACAACUACUACUACAACGACAACAACUACGACCACGACAACAACAACGACAACCACGACGACGACGACGACGACGACGACGACGACGACGACGACGACGACGACGACGACGACGACGACCACUACGACGACGACAACUACUACCACCACGACAACAACUACGACCACGACAACAACAACGACAACCACGACGACGACGACGACCACUACGACGACAACGACAACUACUACUACCACGACCACCACUACAACGACGACGACAACAACAACGACGACGACAACCACUACCACGACGACUACAACAACAACAACGACGACGACGACCACGACUACCACAACCACUACUACCACUACUACCACUACCACGACGACGACGACGACUACAACAACAACAACAACAACAACAACAACAACAACAACAACAACGACAACAACGACUACGACAACUACUACUACCACCACUACCACCACGACGACUACGACAACGACGACCACUACUACGACAACGACAACGACGACCACUACGACAACGACUACGACCACCACGACCACCACUACCGAAGAAGUCUGCUGUGCCGCCGGCGGACUUGCGCAAGUUUGCCAUCAUGUCCUUGCAGCGGCGAUUCCACCAAGGUCGAGCUGUGCAACGCAAAUUCAUGCCACUUCCCGAGACUGUCCUGCUGCCCGGGUCGCUCGCUGGGGACCUGGAAUGACAUCAACUCUUGUGGACCGGCAAUUUCGCCCGAUGAUCCGAUGGCGGUGAACAAUUGUAGUACGACGUGUUGUCCGGCUGAGGGCAUCUGGAGCGAGUGGGUCUCGACUGGAACUCUCCAAAAGGGAGGUGAUGGCAAGAACCUAACGUGCGGCAUGUGCGCAACACAGAUGCAGAAGCGGAAGUGUUUGUCCGAGAGAUACGGGUGUUCUUGCGUUGGCUUGACAACACAGAGCUUGGCGUCAUCGUCGGACCUCUGUGUCUUCCCGUAUGCAACGUGUUGCGCGCCCUACGUGAAGAAGUUGGACGUCGCGGCAAAGAAGUAUAGCUGUCAAUCCACAACAACAGUUCCGGCUAUAAAGACGACGACGUGUUGUCCCCCAGAUGGCAACGGCCUCUGGAACGACUGGGGCUCGUGGGCGAGCUGCUCGGCGACAUGUGGCCUUUGUGGCACACAAUCGCGUACGAGAACUUGUGCAUCUGCGGCCUAUGGAUGUCCAUGCAGUGGUACCUCCACCCAGUCCCAAAAGUGCGGAAAUCCAGCGUGUACCGGUACUGCUUGUUGUGGCGCGACGUACCAGGCUGUCAGUUAUGACGGAACGCUGUUUUGCCAGGAGACACAGCCAACACCUGCCGUCGGAACCUGGCAGGCCUGGUUCACCACGGCAACUUGCAAUGACACUUGUGGAAUGUGUGGCAGGGAGAUGCAGGCGAGAUAUUGUUGGCCGCCUGGCACGACUUGCACUGGCCCCUUCACGCAAGAAGUCCCGUGCAACGAUACGCUUUGCGUGUUCCCGAGAAGCACCUGUUGCUCACCGUUUGUGAAAAAGCUGAGCACGGCCAAGAAGAUGUACACUUGCCAA